CCGAGUAUUUUCUUAUUUAUUCACCUUUUAAACCUUCUCUGGACUUCCACGAAUAAUUCAAGACCAAAAUUAGCCAAAUCGGUCCAGCCGUUCUCGAAUUUUAGCGAGACUAACGAACAGCAAUUCAUUUUUAUAUACAUAUAUAGAAGAAGAAGAUAGAAGAUAAUUGAAGAUUUUUAUAAACUCGACUAUAUCAGCUAUCGCAAGAAGCUAUUUGUCAUACUAAAAGAAAAAAGAAGUAAUUUAACAAAAAAAAAAAAAAAAUACCUUCAUCAUUAAACGGAUAUAAACAAAAUUAAAUAAACGCCAUUGCACGCCUAAAGCGUCCUCUAGCCAUCCACUACACGACGAAGAAACUAAAAGAUGAUAUAAACAGCGAAUCGACUGUUACCUCAGAGUAUUACCAACAGAGAUGUCUUCCAAAAGCACACACAGAAAGAACAAAACUCGGUCUUCGCGUGCCGGCCUUCACUUCCCCGUGGGCAGGAUACACAAGAUCCUCAGAAACGGCAACUACGCUCCCAGGAUCGGUUCCGGAGCCCCGAUAUACCUCGCAGCGGCUCUGGAAUACCUCGCCGCCGAAAUACUGGAGCUCGCGGCGGACGCGGCAAAAGAAAUGAAAAAGACCAGAGUCAUACCGCGGCAUAUCCUGUUCGCCAUUAAAAACGACGAGGAAUUAAGCAGGAUGAUGACCGGAGUGACUAUAUCGCAGGGCGGAGUCCUGCCGGCCAUCCAGCCCGUGCUGCUACCUAAGAAAACCACUAAACACUAAACGCUGAAAAGAAAUCUUGGAAAAUUCAACAUCUUAUUAUAAUUCGAAGCUUGAAAGGCAAACGUGACUAAGCGACAAUAACUGCUUUGUACAUAAAUGAUGGGCAAUAACCAUAUUCGAUGCGCAAAAAAAAAAAUAUUUCUAGGUCUAUUAAAA